AUGGUUGAACUAAAAAGAAGCUUUCGUGUACAACUACUAGAGGAGGAAAUUAUGAAUAUAGACCCUCCGAUUACAAGAAUUCAGCGUAAGGAAGUUUUCAUUAUUCUUGAUGAUCCGGGAAUUAAAAUUCUUGCAACAAAUAGAGACAAGCAAGCACUUGAGAAUAUGGUUGAUGAAAUAUAUGAAGUUGAGAGGUUGAACCACCAUAAAGCAUUUCACCUCUUCGAGUUGAAAGUCUUUGAAAAUUACAACAUCAUAAUUAUUCUUAGAGAUUUGUUAGAAAGGAAGAGUAGG